ACCAAAUUGCUUAGACUUCCUGUGAGCAGGCAGUUUGCUGUGAGACUCUGAGGCAGGAACAAUGUACCUUCUGCUGGUCUUGGGUCUUGCUAUAGGUGUUGCUUAUUUUUACCGUGAGAUUGUAGUGAAAGGAAAGAGAUGCACAAGCAAAGCAAAGCUACAUGGGAAAACUGUGAUUGUGACUGGCAGCAACACGGGUAUUGGGAAGACCACAGCCUUAGAUCUGGCUAAAAGAGGAGCUCGAGUUAUUCUGGCCUGUCGCAGCAAGCAGCGAGGAGAGGCUGCACUUGAAGAAAUCAAGAGGAACAGCGGCAACAACCAGGUGGUGUUCAUGCAGCUAGAUCUGGGGAGUCUAAAGUCUGUUCGCAGCUUUGCUGAAAACUUCCUGAAAUCUGAACCCCGACUGGACAUCCUCAUCAAUAAUGCAGGUGUGUAUCUGCAGGGUCGCACAGUGGACGGACUGGGCCUGAUGUUUGGUGUCAACCAUAUUGGUCACUUCCUGUUAACGAAUCUGCUGCUGGAAAGACUGAAGAAGUGCGGACCAAGUAGGGUGGUCAAUGUGUCAUCUAUGGCACAUAACUUUGGAAAAAUUGAUUUUGACUGCCUUAACACUCACAAAGCUCUUGGACUGGGGACCUCAUUCAUGGAGGUCCUUCAGUACUAUUCUGAUAGCAAGUUGUGCAAUAACCUCUUCACCCAUGAGCUGGCCAAGAGACUGAAGGGUGCCAAUGUCACUUGCUACAGCCUCCAUCCAGGAGCCAUCAACUCUGAACUGGCCAGGAAUGCAAACUCAACUUUACAAUUGUUCCUGAAGCCCCUCACUGCUUAUUUUUUCAAGAACACAGAGCAGGGAUGCCAGACCACCCUGCACUGUGCCCUCCAGGAGGGGAUUGAACCGCUCAGCGGACGUUACUUCUCCAACUGCACAGUGAGAGAAGUUUAUGACAAAGCUAAGGAUGAUGUAGCAUCAAAGAAGCUCUGGGAGCUCAGCGAGAGACUAUGUGGCCUUGCAUAAAAAUAGUUAAUAGUGUGAAGUUUUCACUGUUUCUGUAAUACUUUUAGAUGAAUUCUUUGCCUGAUUUUGUUUCUCAACCAAACAAGAGCCAGAACGAUUUUCAGUAAACAUAAUUGACUUGUUUUUUCAGUAAUGUUCAGAUAUUCACAUUGGUAAUUAUUCUGUGCACUGAGUGCAUACUAUGUAUACACUUAGAAAAGGCUUUGUAAUAAACCAGAGUGACUGGUUUUUUUUUUGCAUUGCACACCACAGUAAACAAUCUUCAAUCUCAGCAAGUCCAGACUGUCUCGAAGUCACUAAAAAAAGCAGGUUUCAAAUAACCAGUUCGGUUAGCUGAAUGAUCCUGGUUUCACUGGUUGAGUAAGUGGAGUAGCAGAGUGGUGCUGUCAUGACAGGUUUUACAUAAUAAACAUCUACAUGUGACUACAGCAAGUUUUUGAAUUUUUAUUGCAUUAUUAUACGGCUAAUAAUCAGCGUAUUCAAACACUUACUCUUUCAGAUGACUAACUGGAAGCUUGAUCUGUUACGUUGUUUCUAA